AUGAGUUCUAAUGAAAUUCUUAUUCAAAAAAUUGCAAGAGAAAUGUCAUUAUAUACACCAAUAAUUUUACUUAUUUUUGGUUCAUAUGGAUCUUUAUGUAAUUUUAUAACAUUUACAUCAAAACAAUUAAAAACAAGUUCAUGUGCAUUUUAUUUUUUAUGUACGGCUAUUACUGAAUUAAUAGCUUUUUAUUUUGGUCUUAUAUCACGUUUAGCUAGUGAUCGUUUAGGAAGUACACUUUUUCUUACUAAUGUGGCAUAUUGUAAAAUUCGUUCAUAUUUAGUUGUUGCAUUACCUGCUUUAGUUACUUAUAUGAUUUUAUUAACAACAAUUGAUCGUUUUAUGUCAACAACAAAUCAAGUUCGUUAUCGAUCAUUUAGUCAAUUAAAAGUUGCUCAUCGUAUUGUACCAAUAGUGAUUAUCAUUUCAAUGAUAUUAACAAGUCAUAUGUUAGUUUUCUAUAAUUUUUUUCCAGCAUGUACAGCACAACCAGGAAUUUAUUCAGUUGUUUAUAGUGUUUAUUUAUUUAUUUGGACUGGUAUUUUACCAAAUGGAUUUAUAUUAUUAUUUAGUUGGUUAACAAUUCGAAAUGUAAUAAAAACAAAACAACGUGUAGGUCCAACAACAACAACAAAGAUAUCAAAACAACAACGACAUGCACAAAGAACAGAUUCACAACUUAUUGUUAUGAUGCUUUCACAAGCAAUAUUAUCAUGUUGUCUUGAUUUAAUACGUAUUGCAUUAUAUGGAUAUUUUGUUUUAUCAACAGAUUUACCUAAAUCAAGUUAUCAACGAUCAAUAGAUGGUUUAUUAUUACAAAUAAGUAUUUUUUUAUUAUAUGGUAAUUGUUCAAAAUCAUUUUAUGUUUAUACAUUAACAAGUGGAUUUUUUCGUAAAAUAUUUCGUUAUUCAAUUGAAUAUUAUUUUAGAAAAAUACUUUUUAUUUUACAUAUAAAACAAGAUUAUGAUUGGAAUUCAACUCGUUUCAUGCAAUCAACUUUAAAUGGAUCAACACUUAAUUAUGAACUUAAAACAAUUCCUGAUCGUCAAAUAAUAAAACGUUAA